AUGUGAGCCAAAAGCUGAGAUCACUAUUCAGAGUGAUCCCACAGAAACAUGGAAAAAUGAUGAGGUGAUAAAAGAAGAAGACAAGUUAGAAGAGGAUGAGAAGAUGGUGUUCAAAAGACCUGUAGACAUGUAUGAGAUAAGGAGAUCCGUAGGUAUGGAUAUAGAAAAUAUACGUUCCGAAAACCUUUGGAGAGUAGAAGAAGAUAAUGUAAAGUUGGUUCAAGAAAUAAUUGAUAUGUUCGAAGAAGAUAUGGAUAUUUCCACAAUGGUUUUUAAUUCCGAAACAAAGGUGGCUGAAGUGCAAAAAGAUCGUCCUAAGGAAGAUGAAAGAGACUAUGAGGGGGAGAUAAUUUCACUUGCUUUAGAACUACUAAAAACGUGGUCUGUUCUUAAAGAAGUUUUUAGAAUACCAAAGAAAGAACGAGUUGAAAAAAUGAAAGAACAUGAAAGAGAAGCUGAUAAAGGCUACAAAGGGGACUCCGAGCAUCAUUCUGAAAGGGAAAGGGAGAGAGAAAAAGAAAAGGAAAGGCACAGGCGCCAGAAGUUCAGGGAACAAAAGAGGAAAAGCAGAAAGAGUCAAAAACACGAAGAUUCGUAUCAUGGUAUGCAUAGUAGGAUUAAUAAACACGAAAGACGAAAGUUAUUUGCUAUGCAAGUUGAACAAGAAGAAGAGCGGAGAUAUAAACGAGAGAUAUGGAGGCAACAUGAUAUCCCAUACAUGUCUGUAGGCAACGAUUCAAUGUACUCUUCGCAAUAUGAACCUUCCAGAAACUUUCAAAUGAUAUGGAACCAACAAAACGGACAGUGGCAGAACUAUCCCGUACAUUUAAAUGCCAAUCCUAUUAUAACCUCAAACCUUACACCCGGAUUUAACAUUGGCUUAAAUUAUUCUUAUUCAAUGCCUGGGACAGUCCCAAAUAUCUCAGUGUCCCUCCCCAAUUUACCAAUGCCAUCAGUCACAAUGUCGAAUCCUAUGAUAAAUCCGCAAAUCACCAGCAUUCCCCCACCAAUGCCAGCUAUCUCCAACAUGUCCGUGCCGCCCCCUAACAUCUCGCACAUGCAACAAAACAUCCAUCGUCCAUUAAUUCCUCAUACAAUGCCAGCCAUACCGAAUGUCCCCACUCUCAAUAUACCUACAAACAUACCGCCACCGUCUCUUCCUCGAAUAAUUCCUCAAGCGACGAGCAUUUCUCUUCCAGAAAAUAUAACUUUGCAAACAAACAUUCCUCCACCGACGAAUGUUACUCCCAUAUCAAAUUUACAAUCGCAAAGCCUGUCGAUGCAGCCAACCAAUAUUCCGCCACCUAAUAUUUCACAGCACGUUUUUAAUUCGGAAAAACAGCCAGAAAAAGAGAUACAGGUAAAAUUUGCGGGACCUAUUCCCCCACCAGCUAAAUUACCACCCAAAUGGAAAUGCGCGAAAGAUAAAUAUGGUCGUCCCUACUAUUAUCACAUAAAAAUACGCAUAUCCCAGUGGGAACCACCAGAAAUUCCUCCACAUCUUGAACUGGAUGAGGAAUCUACAGAAUCGUCAUCCAGUUCAGAAACUAGCAGUCUAAGCUCGGAUUCAUCAUCGGAGGAUAGUGACGAAGACGAUUUAGAAGAGUCAAAAUUAGCGGCGAGUGUGCGUAAAAAACAUUCACUCUUGGAUUCACUCGAUAAAUGCAGUCCACAAAUUGAAUUAAGCCCGAACGACUCUUGCACUAUUACGAAUGAAGAGGAGGAGAUGCUUGAUACGAGCGUGACUUCCCUCGACGAAAGACUGCAAGAGGAGUUUAACGUGUUGAAACGUGAAUGCUCAACAAACCGAGAAUCGGCGUCCAAACGAAAACGGUUAGGUUUGGUAACCGAAGUGCAUAUAAUAAGCCCGCGCACCGAAGAGGAUAAGGUAUUGGCGAAAGAGAAUUUGAGAAAAUAUAAGGAAAAUAAAGAGAGAUUGAAACGGCAAAAAGAGACGUCGGCAGAACAAACUAAAAAGCGGGUAAAAGUUACAAUUAAGACGCCUAAAUCGUCACGUAAACACAAAACGUUGACAAAAAUCCAAUUAAAAGAAGCUAUGGAUUUAAAUUCUGAAUCUGCUAGGAAAAUUAAAGAAUCAUUUACAUCAAUUAUGGCCGGUGUCAUGGUCGGAAUAUUAAAUCCCUAUAGGAAGGCUGACUGUAAGGAGGGAAAAAUCACGAAUACAGAAGAUUUCAAACAUCUUGCUAGAAAGCUAACUCAUUUCGUAAUGAUAAAGGAAUUAAAGCACUGCCAGAAUUUAGAAGACUUAACGUGUACAGAAAGUGUGAAAUCAAAAGCAAAAGAAUUUGUAAGGAAAUAUAUGUCGAAGUUUGGAGAAUUGUAUGUAAGACCGCCAGAUGAUCUGGACUAUUAGUUAAGUGAUGUUCAAUUUGUGUCUGUGAUAGAACCUUGUAAUUGUUAACUUAUUUUACAAUUUUUGUAUAUUAUAAUUUGAAAACGA